AUGUUGCUGAUGGUUAUAGCCUUGUGCCUAUCCUGUGCUAAAGGAAUGAAGGUUGUGGAGUUGUCUGAUGACCCAAGAUCCCUGUCCCCUCUCGCUGCUCCUCCAAGUGUGAACUAUCAAAUCAUCAAUGCAGACUUCCUCCUCCUCAGAGACACCAGUCAGGACGUAAUGGACAACUCCAGCCUGCGGGCACAAAGGCAACCUUUCAUCCUCACUGGACUCACUGGCCAGCCAGCCAUCAAUGUCAGCUAUGGUCCCAUGUCUUUGGAGCAGUCUAUACCACUGCAUAUGAUCCACACCGGCCCCAGGAUCCCGUUUAUAUUGGCCCGUCAAGUACGUUCUUCUACGCCAGCCUUGUAUGUGUUGUUUUACGCAACCGGUAAUAGAGACGAUAUGAGCGAGGGCCCGAUGCAAAACAUGCCAGGACAGAAUGAAGGAGGGUACAUUUGUCUUACAGCAUAUGCCUUCUGGGAAUCCAGAGAGGUCAAGGACAGUUGCUCCAUCUCUGCGGAUGGUGGAUUCUGCUUGGUGCACCUGAAACCUGAGCCAGCCUGGUUCAACCGAGGUGGCAGGUCAAGCUGGGAGCAGAGAGGCGAUCAAAGAGGAAAUGUUGCUGAACUUUACUACCAGAUCAGACCCAGUCCCAGCGGUCAGUGUGUCCCGCAAGAGAGCAAGAUAAGAAGGGGUCCACAGCAUAGUGACCUGGGACGACAGAUCUAUGGAACCUCCAUGAAGAAGAUUGGGACCGUAAAUCUCCUGCGAUCGCCUCCUGGAAACCCCACGUUUAUGCGUUUACGCCUCGGAGGAGCCGUCAUCAUCCAGACGUCCUCGAAACCACUAAAGACCACAGACACUGCAACUUUCUAUGUGUUCCUAUCAAGCACAUCACCAGUUGAACAUUUCAUACUCAGAGCCACAUCAAGAAAAGGCAUGUCAUUCAGCACAGCCAGACCCAGUGAUGCAAGCCUGUGGGACAUCACUCUGGAACCUGGGAGAGGAAGUGACGCCCAAACCAUCUCUGUGACCUGCCAGAAGAAAAGCACGUUCACUAGCAAAAGAGGUCUGCUGGAGGUCUUGCAGCUGGACUUUGAAACGGAGGAGCAGAGUGAUCAGUUAGAGAGCCAGAUGAUCACGUGGCGACUAGAGCUGCCUGGAAACAUGAUCCGGGAUGAAGGAACCAUGAGGAUUUACACCAUUCAGAGAGACUAUGUGGGAAUAGCACCACUGAUCACGGAUACGGAGCUCCUCAACACGGCUGUGCUGACUGGUAAGAGGGUUUCUGUGCCUGUGAAAGUUUUGGGAGUUGAGGCUGAUGGCUCCAUCACAGACAUCACUAACUCGUCUCGCUGCAGGUCUUCAGACCAGGAUGUCCUGAAGGUGUCUGAGAGGUGUGAUUCUGUGUAUGUUAACGGCAAGGAGACGCGUGGAAGGGUGAGGAUGAUGGUGAACUUCACCUACAGCUACCUGAGCACACAGCUGGAGGUGAGCGUGUGGAUGCCUCGAGUCCCCUUGUAUAUGGAGAUAUCUGAUUCAGAGCUCAGUCAGAUCAAAGCCUGGAGAGUUCCUGUCACAGGAAACAAAAAAGUGAGCUGGGACACAGAGGAAGAGGAUGAGAGGAAGGGCCGAGGCUGCAUGCUGCAGUAUCAGCACAGUUUGAUUCGAGUGCUUACGGUCUUCACGGCAGAAUCGCCAGAUCCAAGCAGCCCGUCUCCUGCAUACUUCCUUGGCUCUGAUUGGCAGGUAGAUGUGACACGGCUGGUUCGCUACUUUCUGAGAGUCGGGGAUACAAGCGUUGCUCGCCUGCAGGCAGGAACCGUGCUGACAGGCAAGGCUGUGGGAGUCACCACCGUGCAGGUGAUGUCUCCGUUGUCAAACUCGGUUCUGGCUGAGAGGAUGAUCCGAGUUCUGGAUGAUAAAGUCAGUAUUACAGAGCUGGGUGUGCAGCUGGUCUCUGGCCUUUCCCUGAACCUGCAGCUCAGCCCAGGAAGCAACAGGGCCAUCAUUGCCAAGACAACCACACAGGAGAUCAUACACUACCCCAAGCAGGAGGCGGUGGUUGGCUGCUGGCUGAAGUUCAGCGAUGGCUCCCAGACUCCUCUUGAUGUGUACGAUCCCAGUGGUUAUUCCGUCACCAUUUCUUCACUGGACCCAAAGGUAGCAACUGUGCGAAAGAUCCCGGGGUCCGUCUUUGUUGUGGUCGCUGAAGCCGAGGGACAGGGCUUACUACUCAGAGCGGAGCUAGCUAUCUGCGAGGCUUGUCAAAAAUCCAAACGCAAGAGCAAACUGGCUGUGGGUGGAGGCAUGGUAAAGGUAAAAUUCCCGCCGGAUGAACAGUUUGCAGGGACUGGCAAAAAAGAAAGUGAUGGUGAGGGUAGAGACGAUGUGUCUAAACUGAUUCUUACAUCCCCUCUAAACACACUUCAACACACUGUUAUCCAAGAGAGCACCACAAAAGCAUUCAAAACUGCAACCAAUUCCAACCUUCAAGAAGCAAUAGGAGGUGGCGUAUCUACAAUUAAUUCCCUAAACACUAUGGAUAAAACUCUCAUUACCAAGCCCAUUGCAGACAUAGCGCUUGUUACUGUAGGCCCUAGGAGUCCAAUAAAGAACGGAUAUGGAAACCUGCUUGAGAAGUCUAACUUCCCUUUUCCACCACAAGAACCCAAGAGAGAACCACCAUUAGUGGAGAGUGACUUAAUACAGAUGUUUAGUGUGUUCACAGACAUAGAGGUCUGCAUCUAUGCAUUGGUAGGACUCUCUUGCUUGGUCAUUAUCGCCAUCUUACUUCACUGUGCCACCAACAGCGCAAGAUCACGCAGCAAGAAGUCUCCGGUUCAGUGCCAGGGUCAAUCUGAGCACAAGCAUCACUGGGUACGUCUAGGCACAGCUGCAGAGCAAAACAGAGCUGCGCCGAUUGCGACUACCUCCAAGCAGGAGAUGCAGGCAGCUGUGCAAAGACCGGUUCAGAUGCAAAACAGCAGAGGCCCGGAGACAAUCCAGCCGAGGGAGAUCCCAGCCAUUGCAGGUGAGGAGAGAACUGCCACUCUGGGACGAAGAACCAACACGCUUCCUCCGAGGCGGGAUCCCAUGGCUCCACUGCCUCCAAUGGCAGUCAGAUCUGCCACCCUCCUGGCAAGGCCCGUUCGCAGCGAUCCUCUACAUUCUCCCACAAGCAAAAGGAAUCAGGUGCAAUUUACAACCUUUACUACUCUGGACAUCAAACACCUGGCUGCUCUCAAGAAGAGUGGCCAGAACUUCAGCUGGGCCAGUCAACCAGUUGGAGGUUGUCAAGCUGCCAGUAUCAGCCAGGGUGGGUUAAAUGGUAAAGCUGAAAGAGUCAAUCAUGUACAUUUUUGUAACCCUGUGGAAGUAUUUGCUCCGACACCGGAAUCCAAAGAAUCCAAAGGAUUUCUUCCAGAAGGUCCAUGGCCUAUGGCUACACCGGUGUCAAAAGUGUGAUGGUUUCUGUUUAAAUUGGCCACAGAUCUAUUUUUAUAUAAAUUGUUGCAUUGAACUGAAUUUGACAGUUUAUAUAGGAAUGUUUUUAUGGACAAUUUAACACAAAAAUUUCUUUGUUUUUCAUUUAUGUGUAU